AUGCCCCAACUGACAUGGAAAGACGAUACCUUGAUGAUUCAUGCCCUCGCGAAAAAGGAUGCGUGGAACGUGAACAACGUCGCCAUGGCUGAGUUUCUCAUCAACCUGGACAUUGCGCUCAAGUUUGGGUUUGUGGUCGAAAAGAUCGGUCAAAACACGACGACGUAUGUCAUGGGGUCCAACCUGCAAUAUACGCUGCCGAAGGUCACCUACGAUCGUCACACUAUGCCCACGGGGGAUCCAUUUCGUACGUAUUACAACUGGGAGGGCGAGCAGUACGUGGGCGUCAAUUACGUCAGCACCCCCUUUACAGUGGUGACCCUAGACAAGGUGAAGUAUUUGAAAUUGCAUUUGAUGUUUGAGUGGCAGUUGAACAACCUGAAUGCCUCGUUUGAAAAGUUUGUGGGGACCCGCAAACGCACCGUCAUGGUCUAUUCGGAUCUAGUGGAAUCCUCCGUGGUGGGGAGUGGCAAGUUUCCCCUGUUACGGGAAGUACAACUAUUGAGAACCGGCGAGGGUGAAAGUAAGGUGGAACCCCUACACCAUCAAUGGAUCAAAGUGCGAGGCAAUCAAUUGGAGAUCUUGGAAGUGGAGAUUGCGAGUACCAGUGGACCCCUGGCCAUCUUAUCCCCUGGCAAAACCCUAGUCACCAUCGGUCUCAAACAGCUAUAA